AGUUAUCGACAAUCAACGAAUACCAAAAGACGUACGAAUAAGACGAAGUUACGCUUACUUUGGUGAAACUUUAAUUCAUUAUUUUGUUGAAAAGUGUUCGAAUUUGUUAAAAAUAUUCAUUUUAUAUUAAUCUUAUUUGCAAAUUAGCGAAAUCGUGCAUUUUCUUCUUCUUCUUCUUGUUAUUAUCAUUAUUCUAUUGUUUAUUACCCUACAAUCGAGUGCUUAUUAACUGCAUGCAUAUCGUACAGGUGUAUGCAUUUUAAGGUGUUACGAGACGAGUCAAGGUCAUCGAGACUGAAGCAUACCAAAUAAAUCAUCUUUAAACGUGCGAAAUCAUCUAAAAUGGCUAAUCCUGCUCAAGAUGAACAAUAUUUGAGGGAAACAUUGCAUUCGGGGACGGAUAAAAAUGAUAUUCCUAACGCAAAAGGAAGGAUUUCACCUUGUGAAAAUUCAUUCACGGACGAUGAUACUUCUUCUGUAUGGGAUAGUGAUGAUUCUGAUCUCACAAACACGGACUCCGCGUACGAUUUCCAAUCAGUGAAAUAUAUCGAGAGAGUGAGAGAGAGAGAAAAUGAGUUUAAAUGUUAUACCAAGGAGAGAUAAUCAAUCCGAGGUCGACGAGAUCAAUAAAUUUAUUGAAAAUAACGUUGAUCGUGAAGAAAUCAGUUGGUGGUUAAACAUGAUAUUAAAUUUUAAAAGUCAAAAAGAAAUCGCUCAGGAUAUCGCGGAUGGUGUUUUUCAAAUGGUGGAAAUAGAAAAUAUGUUUCCACGGGAAUACGUGCAGGAAUUACGUACGAAUAAUUGCGAAUCUACGAAGAAUUAUUUGAACCGGUUCAAACAUAUGUCUGGUGAACGAAUAAAAGAUGUUUUAUAUUCUUUGUUAGGACAGAAUAAGUAUAAUAAUCUAGUUAACGAGAUCAAGGAUUGUUAUCUUAGUUUAGGUAGUUCCAAUCUGAUAAACGGUGUGAAACAUUUGAUAAGAAUUACAAAAAAUAUGAAUUCCCAAUCAACGUUAAAUUCUAUGUCAACGGUUCCUGGUGAACUCGAAUUGUGCAACGCUUUAGGAACGAAAAAGAAAAGGGUUGCAAGGAAAAACGUUAACGUGAAUUCGAAUAAAACAAAUGAAAAGCCGAAGAUCGUUAAAGAAAUAACGAAAAAAAUCAAGAAUGUGAAACUUACGAAGAAUAAAUUAGAUGCAAACGUUGAUAAUGGAAAUAUCAUCGAAAUGAUGAUACCGUCGAAGGAGAAUCGAAUGAACAAUGAAAAUAUAUCAAACGAUUUCAUUUAUUCGUCGUCUUCUCAAACAGAAAAAUCGAAGGAAUUGUCGUUCAAUGAUCAAGAAAAAGAUGAAGAUCGGUCGAAUGAAGCUGCAUCAAUAGUCGUUCAAAAUUCUUUACAAAAUGAUAGAAAAAGUGGUACGAAGAAAAAACUUAGGCCGAAAAAAUCCAACGUUCCGAUUACAAGUUCUUCGCCAAUGAUUCAAGAUAAAAUGGAGGAAUCUGAAAAAUCUAAAAUUAACGAGAACGCGAUAAACGAUGAAGAAAAAGAAUCCAAUUUAACUAAUUCAAACGAUUGUCUUGAAGAUUUCAUUUCGGAAACGAGGAACAACUUAUUGUUUGAUUUGACAUCCUUCUCAGACAAGGAUGCAAAUAUUUUCAAUUCUAAGAAUGGUGAUAAAGAAAUCUAUAGCAAUCAUAAUCGAGAGAUUCCUGAUUUUCAAAAAUAUAAACAAUUUGAUAAGAAUACGUCGAAACAAUUAGAUAUCGAUGACAAAAUAAUUAAAGUCAAAACUGAACUCAUAGAUUCCGAUUCUUGCGAAUUAAAUUCUAAUCGAAUAAAUCAUUUUAUCAAUCCGUACGAAGAAAAUUUGUUAGUAAAAAAUUUAAAAAGAUCUUCGAAUUCUAACGAAACGCCUAUGCCAAUGAAUUUUAAACAAUCCAAAAAUAUUCCAGAAAAAAGUAAACUCGUUAAAUCUAAGCUGACUUCCAAUUGUAAGAAGAAGAAUAAGCCAGAUCAUAAAGUUACUAAAUAUAACAGGAAAAAAACGUUGCCAGGGAAAAAACAGGAUGAACGCGAACGCGAAGAGAAGAAAAUUAAGUUACGAAAAUGUGCACGAAAAAUUCAAAAUAACUUGGAAGAAUUUAAAUAUGAGAUGACUAAACUCGUUAAAGAUAUGAAGCACGUAGGAGCAGACGAGGAGGAAUCUUCCGACAACUCUUUUACCGACUGCAGUUCAUCAACAAGCUCAUUCACGGAAUCUUCCUUGGAGUCUUUAUCGGAAUGGUCCACGGACAGUUCUCAGGAAUAUUCCUCGGGAAGUUCCGAGGACUUCGACUCCGACUGCGACUGCAAUUGCGACUGCGACUGCUCCGAGAGUGAUUUUUGUAGCGAAAAAGAAUCAGACAAAAACAAUUUUCGCCGACGUAAUAGGGUUACGUAUUAUAAUUAUUCCAAAAAAUAUUACAGAAAUAAGAUAUAAUUCUUUAUCUGAUGUUUUAAUAUCAAUUG